AGAUCUUUACAGCUACACAGGGACACCGCAGCCCAUACGCAGACCUACCCUGCACGCUUAUCCUGAAAGGGGUUCCAGUGUCACGCUGAACCCCCACAAUUUCAUCGCCUUUUGUCUUUUAUAGCAUGAGAUUCUUCCGGCUAACCUUCAAGUGUUUUGUGGAUGGCUUCUGACUUUUCCCUCUGUUCCCCCUUUUUUGACUCCUAAUUUUCUUUAUUUUUUUAGGGGGGGCUUUUAUUUUUUACAUAUAUAUAUUAAAUAUAUAUAUAUAUUUUUUUUCUCUCCCAAUCAUUAUAUGCCAAAACUGAUUUUUUUUCUCGGUUUUCCAUAUUUCUUUACUUUUUUAAAAAUAUUUUAUCGAUAGUAUUACUAUUUAUUAUUAUUAUUACUUUUUUUUAGAAAAAUUUUAAGCAAGGAGGCCAAAGGAGGAAAAGGAUAGAAACAAGGAGGGUGUGUCGGACCUUUUAUUAUUAUUUUUUGUUUCUUAUUAUUGUUAUAAUUUAAAAUAAAAAGCCGCGGGUAUCAGACGUAAAGAUUUAAGAAUGGAUAAGAGCAGCUUGUCUUUGGAAAACGGCAGCUACAAAGUUUCACUGGAGGAGAAGAACGGACAGCUGAUACCAAAUGGGAAUGGCCAUGAGACCGAUUUGUGCUGUAAUGGAUCCACCAAAGGGGGCCUUGUGUUCACCCCAAACUGCAGGGAGGGCGUCCCCGAAAGAGAGACAUGGACUCGCCAGAUGGAUUUUAUAAUGUCUUGCGUGGGCUUUGCUGUUGGGCUCGGUAACGUAUGGAGGUUCCCCUACCUGUGCUACAAGAAUGGAGGAGGUGUCUUUCUCAUUCCUUACAUCCUGAUUGCCAUCCUUGGAGGAAUCCCAAUUUUCUUCUUAGAGAUCGCCUUAGGACAGUUCAUGAAAGCUGGUAGCAUUGCCGUGUGGAACAUCGCUCCUCUUUUUCAAGGGAUUGGCUUUGCGUCAGUGGUGAUCGUCUUUUUUUGUAACACGUAUUACAUCAUGAUCCUGACCUGGGGGGUCUAUUACCUGGUGAAAUCGUUCACGGCCACUCUGCCCUGGUCACAGUGCAAUAACACAUGGAACACUCCGGACUGCGUGGAGAUCUUCAGACAUGACGACUGCAGCAACAGCACCGCCAAUUCCACCUAUGGCAACCUGACAUGCGAUGAACUUGCAGACAAAGUGUCCCCAAUCACAGAGUUCUGGGAGAACAAGGUACUGAGACUUUCCAGUGGUUUGGAUGAUGUGGGUUCUGUGAAUUGGGAGCUGCUCCUGUGUCUGCUGGCCUGCUGGUUGCUGGUUUACUUCUGUGUCUGGAAGGGCGUCAAGUCCACUGGAAAGAUUGUCUACUUUACUGCCACAUUCCCGUAUGUGGUUCUGCUCAUCCUUCUUGUUCGUGGUGCUAUGUUGCCUGGGGCAAGAGAAGGUGUUGUCUUCUAUUUAAAGCCAGAUUGGUCGAAGCUUGGCAAUGCCCAGGUGUGGAUCGAUGCUGGAACUCAAAUUUUCUUCUCCUACGCGAUAGGACUUGGAGCGCUAACAGCGCUGGGCAGCUACAACCGCUUCAACAAUGACUGCUACAAGGAUGCCAUUUUACUGGCACUGAUCAAUAGCGGCACCAGCUUCUUUGCAGGCUUUGUGGUUUUCUCCAUCCUGGGGUUCAUGGCACACGAACAAGGUGUCGAUAUAUCCAAAGUGGCUGAAUCAGGACCGGGCUUGGCUUUUAUCGCAUAUCCGAGGGCAGUAAGUUUGAUGCCGGUGGCUCCUCUCUGGUCUGCUCUUUUUUUCUUCAUGUUGCUGCUUCUGGGUUUGGACAGCCAGUUUGUGGGUGUGGAAGGUUUCAUUACCGCCAUCCUGGACUUGAUGCCACCCCGCUAUUACUUCCGUUACCAGAGGGAAGUCGCCGUGGCUGUUUGUUGUGUGGUCAUGUUCCUCAUUGACAUCUCUAUGCUGACAGAUGGUGGGAUGUACGUCUUUCAGCUGUUUGAUUAUUACUCUGCCAGUGGGAUGACCCUUCUGUGGCAGACGUUCUGGCAGUGCGUGGUUAUUGCGUGGGUGUACGGUGCUGAUCGGUUUAUGGAUGAUAUUGCUCGUAUGAUAGGUUACCGCCCCUUCCCAUGGAUGAAGUGGUGCUGGUCUGUGAUCACUCCAUUUGUAUGUAUGGCCAUCUUUAUCUUUAAUCUAGUAAACUACAAGCCUUUGACCUACAACAAGACCUAUACAUACCCCUGGUGGGGAGAAGCCAUCGGCUGGUGCUUUGCAUUGUCUUCCAUGCUGUGCAUUCCUGUUACCUUCCUGUAUAAACUCACACGUGCCAAGGGUACACUGAAAGAACGUUGGAUGCAUCUGACCGAGCCUGUCUGGGGAGCUCAUCAUUUAGAAUACAUGUCACCCGAUCAAGAUGUCAAGAGCCUGACUAGCCUGACUCCUGUGUCGGACAACAAGGUCAUCAUCUUUGAAAGCGUCAUGUGAAGUUAAUCAUCAUCCGCACUCAUUUGCUCUCUCGUUGUCCGUCUUUCCUGCUACCUAAUGGCCAGACGCUUCUUUUCCACUGCGUAUUUGUCUUCUAAAGUGUAAUGUAGAUUUCUCCGGUGAAAAAAGGAUAUUAAGUACGAGUUUCCUAAUCCCACGAUGUGGCCUUCAUAAAAAAAAAGAAAAACAAAGAAAAA